AUGCUAUUUCUACCCGUUAUUUUCCUCUUCCACCGGCUUUUAUCGUUAGUAGUCUGCCUGGAAAAUACUUACUUACAAAAUCCAAUCAUCGGUACAACUACGGAUCGUUCCUGUCAACGCCCACCUGGAUGUGAACUUCGUUGUCCAUUCGGUUAUCAGAUUGGUGUAUUAGGGAUAUGUUUAUGCAUUUGCCACGAUGCCCCCUGCCCUGGGUGUGCACCGGGCGAAUAUUGCCAAUAUAAUAGCGACGGCACAUUAUUUUGUAUACCACAAAUUGUAUCACAAUCAGGUGGAAAUAGAGUAGCUGUAAAGCCAAAUGAAUGUCCACGCUUUUUCAAUGGUGCUUGUAUACAUCAAUGUAACAGUGACAGUGAAUGUGGCAGCAGUACAUUGAAGUGCUGCAGCAACGGAUGUGGUCGAGAAUGUGUCGUUGCACUUAGUCCAAAAGCGAUCGUGAAUUCACUUUCAAUUCAUCCGCUUCAAAUAACUGGAUAUUCUAAUCGAAUGGGAAAAUGUCCAUUGAAAAAUUACAUCAAGAAUCAGAACUGUGCGAUAGAAUGCAUUUAUGAUGAUGAAUGCCCUUCGGUUGAAAAAUGUUGUGAUAAUAACUGUGGUCGUGUUUGCACAUCACCUGAUAAAGCAACAGACUGCAUACAUCUGGUAUCAGCAGUAGAUCAAUUACCCGAGAAAACACUCGUAAAAGGAUAUGUGCCAAAAUGUACGGUCGAUGGGCAAUUCGAGAAUAUACAGUGUGAUCAUAGCUUUUGUUGGUGUGUUGAUGAAAAAGGUAUUGAAAUCAUUGGAACCAAAACUGUAAGAAAAACUGGCUUGCCGAAUUGCUUACGAAGGAGAGAUUGUGGAGGUAAUUUAUGCCGAAAAGUGUGCCCUUUUGGGAUUAAAACAGAUCAUGAAGGCUGUCCGCUGGAUAAUUGCGACUGCAGAGAUCUUUGUGAAGGAGUGACUUGUAUCAAUGACAUUGAGAUAUGCCAAAUGGUUGAGCCUGAUUGUGAAAAACCGCCGUGUCAGCCGGCGCCUAGAUGUGAGUUCGGUUUAUUAAAUCCUUGUCCAAAUGGAUCACCAAUGACUUUAUCAAACGGCGUGACAGCAUUAUGUACUCACACAAAUCAGUGUUCACCUAAAUAUUGGUGUCAUCAGAUCGGUUUUAAUGGUCUUGGAUUUUGUUGCUCUCUUCCAGAAUCGGUAUUGCAUAGCGGAAACUGCGUUCCAAUUUUAUCACGAUACUCAAAAAGUAGCAAAUCUGAAUGCCGCAUUGAUUCAGAUUGUUCAAACGAGGCAAAAUGUUGUUUCGAUGGCUGUGGCUUAAAAUGUAUGAUCAACAGUACAUAUAUUUAUAAUUUUCGCAUUGGUUGCUCUACUCAAAAAUCAACUAAUGUUGGGGAAGAUUUCAUUAUCAAACAAAUUGCAGAAUGUUCAGAAGCGCAACAACAUCAUGAUCUGGAAAAGUGCACAGCAGAAUGUAAGAUGGAUCAAGAUUGUCCAGGUGUUAAAAAAUGUUGCACAUAUAACUGUUCUGCCCUUUGCUUAUUUCCUACUAAAACAACAGCAUGUCUUCAUGAACUUAUUACACACGAAAUUUUUGGAAACGACCGUACACCAAAAUGCAACGAUGAAGGGAAUUACGAGCAAAUACAAUGUGAUGAUCGUGUCUGUUACUGUGUUGAUACAGCAAACGGUAACGAAAUUCCAGCAACCCGAACGGAAUUACAUGCAAAACCCGCCUGCAAUGAAAAGCUGGUCGAUUGCAAACCAUUUAAAUGUUCCAAAACUUGCGCAUAUGGUUUUAAAAUAACACAUGAAGGAUGUCUAUCAUGUGAAUGCCGUAAUCCUUGUAAAAAUAUAUUAUGCCCGCAAGGAUAUAUUUGCGUGAUGGCGAGCGUGAAGUGUUUAGAAAAUAUGUACUGUCCUGAUCAACCGCGCUGUGUGCCGGACGUUUGUUCAACUGAUGUUUCAUCAGUAGUCCCACCAGUACUUUGCAAAAAUAAGCAGGACUGUCCAGACGAUUACUGGUGUAAUAAUAUUGGUAUACAAUCUAAAGGCCUAUGUUGUCCACUGCCUUCAAAGCAACUCCGUACUAAUGCAAAGUGCAGAUCUGUGGAGCCAUUCAUUGAACAUAGCAAACCAUGUGAUAUUCAUUGCAGAACAGAUGAUGAAUGUGCAGCCAAUGAAAAGUGCUGUUAUGACGGUUGUGGGACAAAUUGUGUUCAAAUAUCAGGUUAA